GGAAACCAACCCCAACCCAUCCAUGGCGAGACCCAGGGCGACCAUCGCCGCUGCGCGAGCUGCUGCCGGAGCCGCCGUCUCCAGGCGUGGCCGGGCCAGCACCAGGCCUAGGGCACCCUCCUUCCUCUCCCCCGUCGCGCCGCCGCCUGCGGCUCGACCGCUCCGCGCCGGGAGGCGCACCGGCUUCUCCUCCCCGUCGUCGCAUGACACUCCGACGGCGGCGGGCCUCGGCUUCCUCUCCUCCCCAGCCUCCUCCGCCUCCCCGAACCCCAUGCCGCCUAGGUCCAGGCCGUCGAGGCUGCGGCCUACGGCGCCCAAGCCGGCCGCGCGCUCGCCGCUCGACAGCCCCCGCACCGCCGCCUCCCCUCCCUCCGCCGCGGCGCCGGCCCCGUCCCCUGCAUCCGCCGCGGUCUCCAGCGUCGGGGACCUCAGGAGAGUCGCCAACUUGCAGAUGGAAGCCCUCAAGCGCCGCCUCGACGCGCUCCACUCCCGCUCCCAUACCGACCUCGACGCCUCCCUCUCCCGAGCCUCCAAACGGUUCAAGAUCCAGAACCAGGCCUGUCAGCAGCUUACAGAUGAAGUGGACAGCGAAUACAAGAAGAUGUCUGAUAGCAUAAAGGAAAAUGCAGAGAUGAUCAAGGUGAAGUACAAGCAGAUCAUGUCAGAGGCACAGUCAUCUACAUCUCGUGUGCGCAAGGUGACUAUCCCUGAAAUAACGAAGUCUGUGGAGAAAGCUAUUGACGGUCUGCGCAGCCGUUAUAAUAUCUCAAUGCCAGUUUAGGUAGCAGUUCAAGCUCUAUCUGCUACACUUCUGAGUAGGUUUCUUCACAUGAAGUCAUCCUCUGGACCGUGAACCCUUUGGUGGCAUGGGAGUGGUUAUUGUUUGGACGUCUGUAGAUAAAGUAGUACAGAAUCAUCAGGUCAUUGAUAUACAAUUAAGAACAUAGGGGGGAGUUCAUCAGUAUAGAAAUGGAUACACCAAAUAGAUAGUUUGUCAGUACUCAGUACCAUUCUGUGUCUCUUUUCUUUUUGUGUGUAUGUAGCAGAAUUGUGCAGAGCUCCUUUUUUUUUUUUCAAAAAUACUGAAGCGACACCUCCAGAGCUGAAGCCUGAAGCGACUUGUCAUGUUCUGUUAUAGUAAGGCUGAGAAAGUUUUGCAUUGUUGUAUCGUAUGAAAUGCUAUGUUUUCAGGUUGAUCGGUUUUGUAGCAUCAAUGCUCUGAUAAAUAUGAAUCAGAAGAUGCAGGUAGGCAUGCAGAAAAAACAGCAUAUUUUUGUUGUUUCGUCGUUUGUCAUGUUAAACAGCAUAUGUUGAAUGGAAAGAGUGUGGAGAUUAAAAAUUUGAUGUUAAUAGGAGCAUCUCUA